CCGCUGCGCGCGCGGCGGGGCCUGGCCGGCCGGGGGCGCGCCGCCGCCGCCCGGCGCUCCGGAGCCCGCGGCCCUCCCGGCCGCCCAGCCUGCGAGAGGAGUCGAGGCCGCCCGCGCUCGCAUCUCGCCGGCCCCUCCCCCGAUCGCCGCGGCCGCUGCGCCGCCGCUGCAGGAUAGCUAACAGCCAGGAGAAACACAGUGGAAAAUGCAAAACAACGAAAUCAUAAAACCUGCCAAAUACUUCUCAGAAUUGGAAAAGAGUAUCCUGCUGGCGUUAGUAGAAAAGUACAAAUAUGUGCUGGAAUGUAAGAAAAGCGAUGCGCGAACUAUUGCCCUCAAGCAGCGCACCUGGCAGGCGCUUGCCCACGAGUACAACUCCCAGCCCAGCGUGUCGCUGCGGGAUUUCAAACAGCUGAAGAAGUGCUGGGAGAACAUCAAGGCUCGGACCAAAAAGAUUAUGGCCCACGAGAGGAGAGAGAAAGUGAAGCGCAGCGUCAGCCCGCUUCUGAGCACCCACGUCCUGGGGAAGGAGAAGAUUGCCAGCAUGCUGCCGGAGCAACUGUACUUCCUGCAGAGCCCUCCCGAGGAGGAGCCCGAGUACCACGCUGAGGCCGCUGCCCAAGAAUCAUUUGCUGUUUCAAAUAGAGAACUGUGCGAUGAUGAGAAAGAGUUCAUACAUUUUCCAGUAUGUGAGGGGACCUCUCAACCUGAACCCUCGUGUUCAGCUGUCAGAAUAACAGCCAAUAAAAACUACAGGAGCAAAACCUCUCAGGAAGGUGCUUUAAAAAAGAUGCAUGAGGAAGAACACCAUCAACAAAUGUCCAUCUUACAACUGCAGCUGAUACAAAUGAAUGAGGUGCAUGUGGCCAAAAUCCAGCAGAUAGAGCGAGAGUGUGAGAUGGCAGAGGAGGAACACAGGAUAAAAAUGGAAGUUCUCAAUAAAAAGAAGAUGUAUUGGGAAAGAAAACUGCAAACUUUUACCAAGGAGUGGCCUGUUUCCUCAUUUAACCGGCCCUUUCCCAAUUCACCCUAAAAGACUGUGGGGGUGGCCCCCUUGUAAUUAAUCUGUGUUGGCAAAGAAAGUCUGGAACACGAACUUGCGGUCAGUAACCUGUAACAGAGCUACGAACUAGGAAAAUUAGAGUGGUAGUAGUCACUUAAGAAUACAUUCAGGUAAACAGCUGCACCCUAUGUACCCCUUCAGUGGUAAAGAAGCUGUUAGAGUUUUCUGAAAAUUAUCACUUUGAGUGCUAUCAUUCUGAAUGUAAUGUCUCUUAAUUAGAAUUCGUACAAGAACCAUGUGUGAGUGUUGUUGUUGUAUUUUUUAAUCAAAUGCAAGUGUGACUAUAAAGGGAGUGUGGCUGGGUUUUGUGGGUCUUUUUUUUUUUUUUUUUAAUCAAACAGUAGACCUUUUCUAUCCAAAUGAAUGCCCUCCCAUUGAAAGUGGCUGUCUUGGGAGGAUACAUGUUUCUCCAGUGGUGAUGCUAUUGCUCAGAGUUUGCUAGAGGUCUUUCGGGAACCUCCACAAGAGCUACAGCACACUUUUCAGUUUUUCUGUGUCAUCUUCUGAGUGUGGAUUUUCUGUUUUUAAACAGCCCGACAUAUGGAAGGUUAUUUUCUAAUGUGGCUCACAGACUGCCUUUUUUUCCCCCUUUCCUCAAAGAAGAGUUCCAGAUAAUGUCUCCAACAAUGGUAGCUUUGUUGGAACUAAGGAUGUGAUUACUUUGAGAGAGAAAUGUUCGUUUAGAGUUCUACAUUCUGUCAUGCUUAUUUCUUAUUUUAUUAAAAGACAAGACUUGCAAUUUUAUAGUCACACUGUGUAUGUUUUUUAAAGGUGCUGCUUCCCCCACUGUGCUCCAGUUUUUGCCUUCCUGCUGUAGGUUCCUCCCAACUUUGUACUACUGAGUUCAUGCUCGCCCUUAGUUUUAAUCUUUAGCCACCUAAGGAAAGACCCUUCCCUCGCCGCACUCCUGGUGCUGGCUAAUAGUAAUGCUCCAUAAGCAUUACACAGUUGGUAUUGAGCUUUUCAGAAUCCAUUACCAAUAGAUUUGGAAAUAUGGAUUGAUAAAUGGAUAUUUUGACUGAGCUGUCGUAUAACUUCUCCUGUAGCCUAGUGUGAAAAACAGCCUUGGGAGCUGGGCAUAGCAGUAGCUGGGAGAAGCAAAGUGACACUCAAGUGCCACGGCAGGUCAGCAGGGUCUGAGAAUGAAACUUCAAGACUGUGUGUCGGGAAAGGAGGAGUAUGUGUGCCAGAGGCUAUGUAGGUAGUGAAGGACUGGGAGUCAGGGCUUGGAUUCUGAGCUUGGCUCUGCCUCAGGUGCUGUGUGACCUUGGGUAACUCCAUUUAGUCUUUGGCCGUGGUGUUUCCUGUCUCUAAAACAAGGGAGCUGGUCUAGAUAAUGAUGAGACCAACUCCUUGACUAUGGUGUGGUCUGCAAAGUCUUGGACAAUGGCUGCUGACAUCAUAAUUGUCCGUAGGAUGUGAGUCAUCGGGGCUCAGCUCAGUGGCUAAGCUUCCUUUCAUAAUUUUGGAAUUUGGGUCUCAGGCUCUGUAGAUUCAGUAAAGUACAUAUGUACUCAUAUGCAUAUACACUGCAUAAAACUUAAAUGGAUAUCAAUUUAUUAUAUGCACUGAUCGUAUUUUAAAUACCUUAGAGGAACCAGUUAUUAAAGGGAACCCAUGAAGACUCGUCUUCUUUCAAAGGAAGGAUGCUUUUGUAAGGAUUUGUGUUCUUAGUUUUUUUUUUUUUUUUUUUUUUUUACCAAAUGGACCCUUUAGAGAAGCAGCAUCUGGAAAAAGUCUCAAGCUUCAUGGAUUUAUGGGAGACAAAUUAGGCCAGAGAAUGGCAGGUCCUCAACACAGAUGUGAACUGACAAAAGUUUGAUUUGCUUCAUCUAUUGGUCCACCUGAAAAUCUCCUUAACAUGCUGAUUCUGGCAUGGGGCUUGAGACUGUGCAUUUCUUACAAGCUUCCAGGUUAUGCCAGUUCUGCUUGUCUGAUCACCAUGAUUCUGUGCAGCAAGGUUUUAGAGGACCCUGGUCUUAAAAAAAAAAAAAAGCACCACCAUUGGGUUAGGUACAUUUUUGUAUACAGCACUGUGCCAUAUAUUAUUAUUCUCUCAGAAUUUGCCACCUAAUCACACAAAUAACAAUGUGGAACAACACAAAAAGAGCUCACACAUAUAAUGGAAUUGUAAAAGCAUCGAACUAAUUCCUAACUGAACAAAUAAAGGAUAAUUAAACCAGCAGGCUAAAGCACGUGUUCUACUGUUAAUGGUAUUUAUGAGUUUAUAACAGUUUUCAACCUUGAGUUGCAUUAAAAGCAGUGUUUUAUAAAAAAUUUGUCUCAACGGGUUCCAUUCCCAGGAGAUUCAGUUUACCUGGUUUGAGGCCUGGUCUUCUAUAUUUUGGGAAGCUUUGCAAAGGAUGAUGAUGCCCAAUUGAGACUGAGACCCACUGGUGUCGAGUUCACAAACGUGUAUCAUUUGGUCCUUAGUCCUGUGAAAUCCAGCAGGAGUGAGGAAAUGAUGCUCAGAAGAAACACUUGCACCAGGCUGAAACUAGUGAAUGGCAAAACAGAACCUCAGUGCUAGGUCUCUUGACUUAAAUAGCCCCACCUGCCUGCUCCCACCCCAUCCCUCAAAAGCUCUGUCAUGGAUUUGCUUUAUCCUGAGAGCCAGAUGACAUCUACAGCUUACUCGUAAGGCCUCCACUUAUGAACAGGUAUAUCCCAAUGCAUUCCACUUUUGAGCAGUUCUUUACCUGAGGUGGAAAUGCAAUAAACAUCUCUUGUCAGGUGCUGUAGAGAAUUGAUAGAUGAAUACUAAUUCAUCCCCUGCCCUGCAAAAUCAUGGACAUAGCCCGGUAGGAGAGCUUGUACACAGCUGUCAUGUAUUUGAUCAGUGCACAUCUUCUAGAGCAUUUGUAGCUCAGCAGAGAGUGAAGAAGCUUGAAGGAAGGCCGCCUGGAGGAGGUAGCAUUUGAGCUAAAUUUUUAGAGCUGGUAUUUUGGUAGGUGGAGAUUCAGAAAGGAGAGCAAAUUCGCUAGAUGUAAGAUCCUGUUGAAGAUUCAUGCAGUGAGACAUGUAAUUGGGAGGAUGUGGGGCAAUUUCCAAAUUUGGCAGUAACAUGAUCAAAACGGUGCUCCAGGAGGAAGAUUAGAAGACGGAACUGAGUUUAGAGAAGACGAGUCCAGAAGACAAGGUAGGAGGGCUUGGCUGUAGUUAGGAUGAGAUGAUAGGAGGACCUAGAGGAGGCUGUAGUGCAAAACGAGGGAGACCAAUGUGAAGGGCUGGAGUGGAAUCACUCAGGCUUGGCAGCAGAUUUCUUUUGUUGAAGCGGAUGACUAAGGUUUGGAAGUCAAUGCCUGAAAGAAUGAUGUUGAUUGAAACAAAGGAAAGAUGCAUCUGGCUGGCAAUGUCCUAGGAGAAGCCUGGACACAAACUAGUGCAGUUGCUGCCACUCAGCCUGGAACACCAGCCCCUCCUAUCAUCUCCUAUUUGGCUGCCACCUCUUUGCUCUGACUUCUGCCACUUCAGCUGCCCGUGCUGCCCCUUGCACCUGUUCAGCUGACAUUUUAACCCCUCCCCACUGGGUCCUCAUCACCUGACUCAUUUGGUGCUGUCUCUGCCAUCAGUACCUCCACUGCAGGUAGCGGUGUAUCAGUCACCAUCUCUUAUAAAGGCUUCACACUUGAAAGGUCAGGAAAGACUCUCGUUGACCCUUAACAACUGGGGGACUAAGGGCACCAACACACCCAGCUGUGGAAAAUCCACCUGUAACUUUACAGUCAGCUCUCUGUAUCUGCAAUUCUGCAUCUGGGGACUCAACCAACCGCAGAUGGUGUCGUACUAUGGCACCCAGCUAUUGAAAACAAUUUGAGUAUGAGUGAACCUGCACAGUUCAAACCUGUGUUGUUCAAGGGUCAACUGAUUUCUUUUAUCUUGGGCUUCAUUUCUCUCCUAGUUGGCACCCACAAAUUUCAGGGUAUUUUUUAAGUGUCCCUUGUUAUGUAAAGAUGCACUGAUUGAGAGGCUAAUUCCCACGUAUGCCUGUUACAGCCACUUUACAAUAAUCAAACAUAGAAUCCUACCUUAUGCAUUAAAAAUUAGGAAAUAUUGUAGGAACUUUUCAGGGAGAAUCUUAAAAUACAUUGUUUUUAUUUUUUAUUUUUUUUUUAAGACAAGAGCCAACAGAAGGAAAGAGGCAUGGUGGGGCAGUGUAUUUGAGUUGUCAACAGCUUCUGCAGUGUCAGGUCAAUUACAUCAGCACUUGGUCUGGACCAGGGGAGAGGAAUGGUUCUGCCUCCUGGGAAUGUCAGAAGGACCUGAUAAUUAUAUUUGGCAAAGCCAUGAAGAGUGACUCUGUAAUGUCAUUGGAAAGAAUUACUCUCUUAAUAGCAUCUCUAGAUGUCCGAGCUGUUCAGAUGGCAUAGCACUUCUUUUCUGCUGCGACUUUCCUUUCCGCUGGGCUGCUUCCCAGCUGCUCCUCUUGUUCUUCUUUGCCCUUUUCUAUCUUCUGCCUUCCCAGCCUUGUUUCUGCAGCCCCUCCUUCUGCACCCACGACAGUCUCCGCUGACCCCUGUUUUAGAGUUGGAGUCACCUGAGAAUGUGUGUGAGGGAGAUACUUGCCAACACCCAGCGUAUUGAACGUGUGGUAUCAACAAGGUGAAGUGUGUAGCCUUAGACCAGCCAUAAUAUCGACCAUCUGCUUCCUUGCGGCAUCCGCUACUUCUGUGUUAGUGGAACUCAGAUGUCACGGGAAAGGUCACCGGUGAUUCAUGACUGCAACAAAUUCUUUUCUUAAUUGUGCCAUAUGUUAUGCCCUUUAACACAGCUUACUAAUCUCUGCCUCGGUUUCUCCAUCUGUGAAAGUGGUGUAAUACUUAUCUACCUCCCUUGAAUGUUGUAAAGAUUAGUCUCUGUUAGUAAAGCACUUUUGAAAUAAAGAGUGAUGUAAAGCGUUUUAA